UCCCUUUAGUCGGUAACCCAUUCUCUAUAUCAUCUAUCAUUUCCUUGUUUCUACUGUUUCCUCGCUUUCCGGCUUCACAUCCUUCUCAAGUGAACAGAGAUGGCAGGAAAAGGUGGAAAGGGGCUUUUGGCGGCAAAAACAACCGCCGCUAACAAGGACAAGGACAAGGACAAGGACAAGGACAAAGAUAAGGACAAGAAGCGCCCGGUUUCUCGUUCAUCUCGUGCCGAAAUUCAGUUUCCAGUGGGCCGAAUCCACCGUCACCUAAAGACUAGGACUUCCGCGAAUGGGAGAGUUGGUGCCACAGCUGCUGUUUACUUGGCCUCCAUCCUUGAGUACCUAACUGCAGAGGUUCUUGAAUUGGCUGGGAAUGCAAGCAAGGAUCUGAAAGUGAAGAGAAUCACCCCAAGGCAUCUGCAGCUUGCUAUUAGGGGUGAUGAAGAGCUUGACACCCUUAUCAAGGGUACUAUUGCUGGAGGUGGUGUCAUCCCUCACAUUCACAAGUCCCUUAUCAAUAAAACCACCAAGGAUUAGAAUGUUUGAGUUUAACUUAGAUUAUUUGACUUUUGAGUACUUUUAAUCUAUUAUGUUUUAUUGUAGGGUUCAUUUAAUAUGUCAUAUCUGCUCUAUAACUCAGUAUAUAUGUUGUAACUCUGUAGGAGCUUUGGGAUCUUUGUUUGUUGGAUCGUUUUUAACCUUGUUUCCCUAUAUAUUGUAUCAUAUUCUAGCUGUGAA